CCUUCUAAAACACGGAUACGGCUGCUGCCCAUUUCCUGCUACCUCUAGAAACACUCUUGCCAGUAGUGGCGGCAGUAGAAGUCAACUACCCACUGCUUGCUCUGUCUCAAGAAGCUCCAGAUGGCGUCUUCUGUGGGCAACGUGGCCGACAACACAGGGCUAGCUGAGUUGGCACAUCGCGAAUAUCAGGCAGGAGAUUUUGAGGCAGCUGAGAGACACUGCAUGGAGCUCUGGAGACAAGAGCCUGAAAAUAUUGAUGUUCUUUUAUUACUUUCAUCUAUACACUUUCAGUGUCGAAGGCUGGACAGAUCUGCUCACUUUAAUACCUUGGCAAUUAAACAGAAUCCUCUUCUAGCAGAAGCCUAUUCAAAUAUGGGGAAUGUGUACAAGGAAAGAGGGCAGUUUCAGGAAGCAAUUGAACAUUAUCGACACUCCUUGCGGCUCAAGCCUGAUUUUGUUGAUGGCUAUGUUAAUCUGGCAUCAGCCUUGGUAGCAGUAGGUGACAUGGAAGGAGCAGUACCAGCUUACGCAUCAGCUCUUCAGUACAAUCCCGAUUUGUACUGUGUUCGCAGUGACCUGGGGAACCUGCUCAAAGCCCUGGGUCGCUUGGAAGAAGCCAAGGCAUGUUAUUUGAAAGCAAUUGAGACACAACCAAACUUUGCAAUAGCUUGGAGUAAUCUCGGCUGUGUUUUCAAUGCACAAGGGGAGAUUUGGCUGGCAAUUCAUCACUUUGAAAAGGCUGUCACCCUUGACCCAAAUUUUCUGGAUGCUUAUAUCAAUUUAGGAAAUGUUUUGAAAGAAGCACGCAUUUUUGACAGAGCUAUGGCAGCUUAUCUUCGUGCCUUAAGUUUGAGCCCAAAUCACGUGGUCGUGCAUGGCAACCUGGCUUGUGUGUACUAUGAACAAGGCCUAAUAGCCCUGGCCAUCGAUACCGGCAGGCGAGCUAUAGAACUGCAGCCACAUUUCCCGGAUGCUUAUUGCAACCUAGCAAAUGCUCUCAAAGAGAAGGGCAGUGUUGCUGAAGCAGAAGAUUGUUAUAACACAGCUCUUCGUCUGUGUCCUACCCAUGCAGACUCUUUGAAUAACCUCGCCAAUGUCAAACGGGAACAGGGCAAUAUUGAAGAGGCAGUCCGCCUAUAUCGCCAAGCAUUAGAAGUCUUCCCAGAGUUUGCUGCUGCACAUUCCAAUUUAGCAAGUGUACUGCAACAACAGGGAAAGCUGCAGGAAGCAUUGAUGCAUUAUAAGGAAGCCAUAAGAAUCAGUCCGACAUUUGCUGAUGCUUAUUCUAAUAUGGGAAACACUCUAAAGGAGAUGCAGGAUGUUCAGGGAGCCUUGCAGUGUUAUACUCGUGCCAUUCAGAUUAAUCCUGCCUUUGCAGAUGCACACAGCAAUCUGGCUUUCAUUCACAAGGAUUCGGGGAAUAUCUCAGAAGCAAUAGCUUCUUACAACACAGCUCUGAAAUUUAAGCCUGACUUUCCUGAUGCAUAUUGUAACUUGGCUCAUUGCCUACAAAUUAUCUGUGAUUGGACAGAUUAUGAUGAGCGGAUGAAGAAACUGGUUAGUAUUGUAGCUGAGCAGCUGGAGAAGAAUAGACUGCCUUCUGUGCAUCCUCAUCAUAGUAUGCUGUACCCUCUUUCUCAUGGCUCCAGGAAGGCUAUUGCAGAGAGGCAUGGGAAUCUCUGCUUGGAUAAGAUUAAUGUCCUUCAUAAACCACCAUAUGAACAUCCAAAAGACUUGAAGCUCAGUAAUGGAAGAUUGCGUGUAGGAUAUGUGAGUUCUGACUUUGGGAAUCAUCCUACUUCUCACCUUAUGCAGUCUAUUCCAGGCAUGCACAAUCCUGACAAAUUUGAGAUAUUCUGCUAUGCCCUGAGCCCAGAUGAUGGUACAAACUUCCGAGUGAAGGUGAUGGCAGAAGCCAACCAUUUCAUUGAUCUCUCUCAGAUUCCAUGCAAUGGGAAAGCAGCUGACCGCAUUCACCAGGAUGGAAUUCACAUCCUUGUAAAUAUGAAUGGGUAUACCAAGGGUGCUCGAAAUGAGCUCUUUGCUCUCAGGCCAGCUCCUAUUCAGGCAAUGUGGCUGGGAUACCCUGGGACUAGUGGUGCACUGUUCAUGGAUUAUAUCAUCACUGAUCAGGAAACUUCCCCAGCUGAAGUUGCAGAGCAGUAUUCUGAGAAACUGGCUUACAUGCCCCAUACUUUUUUUAUUGGUGAUCAUGCUAAUAUGUUCCCUCACCUGAAGAAAAAAGCAGUCAUCAAUUUUAAAUCCAAUGGACACAUUUAUGACAACCGGAUAGUUCUGAAUGGCAUCGAUCUCAAAGCAUUUCUUGAUGGUCUACCAGAUGUGAAGAUUGUCAAGAUGAAAUGUCCUGAUGGAGGUGACAAUGCAGACACCAGUAACACAGCUCUUAAUCUGCCUGUCAUUCCCAUGAAUACGAUUACAGAAGCAGUUAUUGAAAUGAUUCACAGAGGACAGAUUCAGAUAACCAUUAAUGGAUUCAGUAUUAGCAAUGGACUGGCAACUACACAGAUCAAUAAUAAGGCUGCAACUGGAGAGGAAGUUCCCCGUACCAUUAUUGUAACCACCCGUUCCCAGUACGGGCUACCAGAAGAUGCCAUUGUGUACUGUAACUUUAAUCAGCUAUAUAAAAUUGACCCCUCUACCCUGCAGAUGUGGGCAAAUAUUCUGAAACGUGUACCUAAUAGCAUGCUCUGGCUGUUGCGUUUUCCAGCAGUAGGAGAAUCCAAUAUUCAACAAUAUGCACAAAAUAUGGGCCUUCCCCAGAACCGAAUCAUUUUUUCACCCGUGGCUCCUAAGGAGGAGCAUGUCAGGAGAGGUCAACUGGCUGAUAUUUGCCUGGACACUCCCUUAUGUAAUGGGCACACCACAGGGAUGGAUGUUCUCUGGGCAGGAACACCCAUGGUGACUAUGCCAGGAGAGACUCUUGCCUCUCGAGUUGCAGCUUCUCAGCUUACUUGCCUAGGAUGUCUUGAGCUCAUUGCUAAAAACAGACAAGAAUACGAAGACAUAGCUGUAAAACUGGGAACAGAUCUAGAAUAUCUGCAGCAAAUCCGUAGCAAAGUCUGGAAACAGAGACUAUCUAGCCCUCUGUUCAACACCAAACAAUACACAGUGGAAUUAGAGCGACUGUAUCUGAAGAUGUGGGAGCAUUAUGCAGCUGGAAACAAACCUGACCACAUGAUUAAGCCUGUUGAAGUCACUGAGUCAGCCUGAAUAAAGACUGCACACAGGACAAUUACCCCUAUACCUGAGCCUCAACCUUCUGGGGGAAAGGGAACUAGAUAAGAUGCUUUGUGUUUAUCUGUACAGCACUGUGUUGCA